CUCAGUUUGUGUGACUGCAGACAGACAGGUGAACAGACAGACAGGUGAUGAUGCUGUUAUUGGUGAUUCUGCUCGGCGUCUGUCUGAACUCAGCCUCAGCUGCAAAGCUGGGUGUGGUGCAGACAGAGGGUGGGAAGGUAGAGGGAAAGAGUCAUGGGAUGGGCCUGUUUAGGAGCGUCGACGUCUUUAAGGGAGUCCCCUUCGCUGAUGUCCCCGGAAAGUGGGAGAAACCAAAACCUCAUCCUGGAUGGAGCGGAAUCCUGAAGGCAAAUAAAUAUCGGGACCGCUGCCUACAGGUGACGCUACUGCAGACAAAAACCCAGGGCAGUGAAGACUGUCUAUACCUUAAUAUCUUCGUUCCACAGGGACUAAAAUUGUCGAAGAACCUCCCGGUGAUGGUGUACCUGUUCGGCGGAGCGUUCCUUUUGGGGGCAUCCAACGACGUGGCGAUCCUCGGAGACUCUCUGUACGAUGGGAAGGAGAUGGCCGACAGGGGCGACGUCAUCGUCGUCACGGUGAACUACAGAGUCGGUACGAUGGGUUUCCUCAGCACCGGAGACGACCGACUGCCAGGUAACUACGGUCUGUGGGAUCAGCAUGCUGCCAUUUCCUGGGUCCGUAGGAACAUCGCAGCGUUUGGAGGAAACCCUGACAACAUCACCAUCUUUGGCCAAUCAGCUGGAGCCGUCAGCGCCAGCUUCCAGAUGCUGUCUCCCUAUAGUAAAGGCUUAUUCCGCAGAGUGAUCACUCAGUGUGGUGUGGCCCUCAGCCCCUGGGCUCUGCAGAAAAAACCCAUGGCUCUCACCAAGAAGAUUGCUCGUAAGGUCGGCUGCGGGAGAAGCAACGAAGACGAGAUGUUAGAGUGUCUGAAGAUCAGCGACCCGAUUGGUCUCACCUUGGCUGGAAAAAUUGACGUGCUGCUGAUUCUGGGAAAAGGUACGGUCAUGGAUCUCCUUGAACUCGCUCCGGUGAUCGACGGCGACUUUAUCCCCGAUGAGCCCAGUAAGCUGUUUCACAACGCGGCUCAGUUUGAUUACAUGGCCGGGGUCAACAGCAUGGACGGACACAUCUUUGCUGGAGUCGACGUUCCUUCUAUUAACAAGAAAAAUGGCAACACCACUGUAGCGAACGUUAGGGGUCUGCUGGCCGGUCUGACUAAAGAGAAGGGGAACGCCGCUGUCGACUCGGCCUUCAGAGUUUACUCGUCUCACUGGGGUUCAGCUCCGGAGCCGGCGGUGGUAAAGAAGACAGUGGCCGACAUCGAGACUGACUUCCUGUUUCUGGUUCCAACUCAGAUCGCCCUCCAGCUCCACGCCAACAACUCCAGUGGAGCCCAUACCUUCUCCUACCUGUUCAACAUGAAGACUCGUAUCCCAGGAUUCCCUCGCUGGGUGGAGGCAGAGCACGCAGAGGACCUGCAGUACCUGUUCGGUAAACCCUUCGCCAGCCCGCUGAUCUACUUCCCCCGACACCGGGACCUGUCUGGGUACAUGAUCGCGUACUGGACCAACUUCGCCAGGACCGGUGAUCCCAGUAAUGGCGGCAGUAGAGUCCCAGUUCCCUGGCCCCUCUUCACCAAACACCACCAUCCCUACCUGAUCAUCAACCACAAGAUGACCAAGUCCUCUGUGAGCUAUGACCUCAGAUCAGACUAUGUCACCUACUGGACCAAAACCUACAGCAUCCUGCCGUCAUUCAGGAGGGAAAAAGAAGAAAAUGAUGGAGGAAUGAAGACAAAGUCUGAGUAAAUGAAUCUGAUUCUGCUGCUGUUAUUAAUUUUUCUUGCUCAGUGGGAAUUUUAAACGCUGACAAUUUCAAAUAACAGGAAGUGAAGAUGUAAACAGGAUAAUUGACGAAUUAGCAUCAAUCUGAGGAAAACAAAUACAACAGUUUGUCUUGCAGUGUGCUGUUUACCCGUCUUCUCUUGUGUAAUAAAUGAAGAUGAACUCUG